AUGGCGCUUGCGCCUCCUGACGAACACCCAUUGUUCAGCGAAUGGAAGAUUUUUGAUAGAUGGCUACAAAGCGAGGAUGAACGCAUAGCUCAAGAAGCGGGAUCGUCACGGCCCCUAUCGCUAGGCGACAUACCCGCUUCUGUACCGAGUGGCGAUGUUCAAAUCGCUGCAGUACUGUAUCAACUUAGGCGACAGGUUGACGAUGCGAUACUCAUUGAAGAAAAUCGCGCGAAGCGGGCUACUGCCGAGAAACGAACACACCUGGUCCCGAGCGAUACGAUGAAGCAGGAGGUCCGCGAUAUGCCACCAGCACCACCGCGAGUGUAUACCCUCAAGACAGACCAUUCUGGUGACUUUACGGAGUCUGGCCAAGAACUGAUGAGUGACUCGACAGCCACCAUCCGUCCCAGCUUGAGCAUACGACCAUCAUCCCCAGAUUAUUUUGGCUCGUUCAACUGGACACAGUCGCCAACAUCAAAGUCUCUUUGUUCGGGCCGAACUGCCUCUAUGUCUACAACAAGAAGUAGCGAAUGCUAUUCAGCAGGUACUACCCCAGAAAAGUCGCUAUCUCCCACGCUGCAACGCAGUCUUUCGCGCACAUCGCUGGCCACCAUGGCAUUAGGUGACGCUGCACUCGAUUGGAAGCGCGUCUGUCGCAAUGUGCAGGUUGAACGAAAGUCUUUAAAGUACGGGCCCGAGAACCGUGAAUGCGACGUUCGGUGGCGAUAUCGAGAAGAUACUGGCAUCUCGCUGCGAGCAGUAUAUUACUCUAGCCAAGAUGGAAAACUACGCACUUGGACUGAACAGCAUUUCCCUGCCACCGGUCCAUCGAUACCAUUGACUACCACAUACGCUGACGGUGCAGUGUCUAUUGAUUUUCCACGUGGUUCGUUCGGAAGACUAUACAAACAGUACAUUGACAUUAAAUACACAUUUGUUGGUCACGAAUCAGCGGACAAGUUCCAAACCUUAUUAUACACCAACAACGGCGUCGAUCCUGCCGAACUUAAAUUCGAUCGACCUAUCCUGGCUAUAUCGUCAAACAAAAAUCCAACUGAAUGUCGUAACAAGAAUCUGCGAUUAUGGCGGCGCGUUGAGACGCAGCUGGUAGAUGGCGAGCUCAUCACAUCCGAGGUUCUGGUUUUGCUAUUCUACACAAGCGCGUUAGAAGAAGAGAAAGGUCACUGGGUCGAGGAGCCACAUUACGCGUUCGAGUGGCUUGCAGAUUCUAUCUACAAGAAAGAAAGCGACAAGCUUACUCUUGUCUUUUCAAAAGACCCAUCGCGUUGGGCGACCGAUAAGCUGCUCAAACGCCGCAAAUCAUCGACCCGGUCCGAGUCCGAGCCUGUGAACUCUUCUCUCUUCGAAAGGAAACGAAACGACUCUAUGGAGAUGCCAGAAUUGGCGCGAUCAGAAAGUAGGGCCUCAGGGUCACUGAACGGCUCGCUCCAGUCGCCGAGGAGCAUAUUUGGAAAUGGCAGUGGAUUUUCGAGAGCGGGCAACUUAAAUCGGUUUGGGUAUUCGGAAUUGGACAUCAAGUUUCAAAGCAAGAAGGAUAGAAGGGCAUUUCUAGAUGUCUGGAAGCAACACGUGAAGCCGUUGGUUGCGGCUUCAUGA